UUCGUUGUCCAACUGACAGACACAAUAAACUUCCUUCGCCGGGUGUGCUUCGAAGGAGCUUGGUGCAAGCCGUUGUCCUCUCAACCUGUCCUUUUGUCUUUACUGCGAAUACACAACCUCAUCUGUCCAUCAUGUCUUCAGGCAAUGCUAAGAUCGGCCACCCCGCGCCCCAGUUCAAGGCCACCGCUGUGGUGGACGGACAGUUCAAGGACAUCCAGCUGUCCGACUACAGGGGCAAGUACGUGGUGCUGUUCUUCUAUCCUCUGGACUUCACCUUCGUCUGCCCGACUGAGAUCAUCGCCUUCAGCGAGAGAGCUGACGAGUUCCGCAAGGCAGGAUGCGAACUCAUCGCCUGCUCCACAGACUCACACUUCAGCCACCUCGCCUGGAUCAAUACUCCCCGUAAGCAGGGUGGUCUUGGCCAGAUGAACAUUCCCCUGGUGGCCGACCUCAACCAUACCAUCUGUAAUGACUACGGAGUCCUCAAGGAGGGAGAGGGCAUCUCAUACAGGGGGUUGUUUGUGAUCGAUGAUAAGGGUCUUCUUCGCCAGAUCACCAUUAAUGACCUGCCUGUGGGUCGCUCUGUGGAUGAGACUCUUCGCCUGGUGCAGGCUUUCCAGCACACUGACAAGCACGGAGAAGUGUGCCCGGCCGGCUGGAAGCCUGGUAGUGACACCAUCGUGCCCGACGUCCAGAAGAGCAAGGAGUUCUUCGCAAAGCAGUAGACACACAAUGCCCCACAAGCACUUACACACAUGCACACCAACCGCAUCUAUACACCCGGUCAUUUGAAAGCAGCACUGACCUUUUUCUCUGCAGUUUUCGUUUCUCUCAACUUCUUGCAAAUCAUGUGACUUUUUUUCUGUUCGCAACUUGACCACACACACACUGGCGCGCACACACCCCCUUUAGAGCUGCUUAUGUUAGGCCAGUGCACUGACUCCCAUCGUGUGUGUGUGUUUGUGUGUUUUUCUUUCCGUUUCUCUUUCUGUCUCUCGUAGUGUUUGAAACUAAAGUCGGAAGUGAAAGUAUUUUGUACCUUGGCAGUGUCGUCAGUGCCGAUCAGCAGCACGGCAUCCUUCCAGAAUGUUCCCAUCAAUAAAGACUGAUGGUGUUGAAACAAA